UAAUUUAUUUAUAAUCUUUUCAACAUAUUCAUUCAAGGAGUGUGUAAGUAAAAGAAUUUAUAUUUAAAAAAUUUUGAAAUCAAGGGAUUUCAUAUCCCUCAAAAUAAACGGAGCCUAAAAGUAUUAACUGAAUGCACCUCUUUAUUUCACAAGUGAGAGACAUGAGAGUACGUAUAGUGACUGGUCGGUCCAUUGGGCUUUUUAUAUAAUAUCAGUUGGGCUUGAAUUCAUCAUAUGUUGACAUGAUACGGCCCAGCAAAUGCUGGGACGUAGGUUUUAACAAAGGCGCCUCUCAGAUUCUCUUUCUCUGCUCUCUCUGCUUCAACUUGGUGUUUGCACCGUCUGCUCUGCUUCAUUUCUGUGUUAUUAGCAUUAUCUUCCAUUAAUUUCAUUCAUUUCGUUCAACAAGUCAAGGUUUAAAUGGGUAGCAAAAAGAGGGAGUCAAAUUCUAUUGAAGAAGCUGGAUUGGAAAAUGUAGUAGAAAAUAAGCAGCCAGCAAGCUUGGGCGAUGAGAAUAUAGAUUCAGAACCCUCGAGCAAGAGAAUUAAAAAGGAGAAAAAGAAAAAGGAAACUGAAAAUUUGGAGGGGGAAAACCACAAGGAUGCUAAUGCUGCGUCGACUUCAUCGAACGCCCACAAGGUGUCAUUGAAUUCUAUGGAGAGGAGGAAACUGAGAAAGCUGCUGGAUAAGGAAAGGCACCAAGCAGAAGCCAAGAAAAUUCAGUCGGCACCAGAAAAAAUGGACUUGGAUGUGAAAAGUGAUGGUAAUGAGAGUGCCGGGACAAGUAAUAGCAGCGGUGGUGGAGUGUUGCCUGAGUUUCAUAUUGGGGUGUUUAAGGAUUUGGCGGCGGUUGAUACCAGUGUUAGGGAGGCAGCUGCAAAGGCAUUGGUUACUGAAUUGAGGGAAGUUCAGAAUGCCUAUGAGAGGUUAGAGAAUAAGGAUGAGGUGGAGGAUAAGUCAAAGUUGGAAGCUGAGAAAUGUGACGGUUUGAAUAACUGUGCCCCGUCUGUUAGGUAUGCUGUGCGGAGGCUCAUCCGUGGUGUGUCCUCAUCAAGAGAGUGUGCAAGACAAGGUUUUGCAUUGGGUCUCACUGUUUUAGUUGGCACAGUUCCUAGCAUUAAAUUGGACUCCUUGUUAAAGCUAAUUGAUACUUUGCUGGAGGUCACUUCUUCCAUGAAGGGUCAGGAGGCUAAGGACUGCUUACUUGGUCGCUUAUUUGCUUAUGGAGCUCUUGCAAGAUCUGGAAAACUUACCGAAGAAUGGAAUUCCGAUAAUAACACUCCACUUAUCAAAGAGUUUACCAGCUAUGUUAUCGCUCUUGCUGCUAAGAAACGGUACCUACAAGAGUCUGGUGUAGCGGUUAUAUUGGAAAUGGUUGGAAAGUUGCCCAUUGAAGCUAUCUUGAGUCAUGUUCUGGAAGUACCAGGGAUUCAGCAGUGGUUUGAAGGAGCCACUGAACCUGGAAAUCCAGACGCCCUACUUUUAGCUCUAAAAUUGCAAGAAAAAAUCGGUGCCGACUAUAAUUGCGGGAAGCUACUGCCUUCCCCUUAUAGCAAAAGCGCAUUCUUCUCUGCUGAUCAUUUGACCAUCAUUGCCAAUUGCUUGAAGGAGUCUACUUUCUGCCAGCCACGACUGCACAGUGUUUGGGCUGUUCUGGUUAGUAAUCUCUUGCCUGAUGUGGCACAAGAUGCAGAUUCUGGAUCAGGUAAUACUGUUCCUAUCAAGAAGCACAAGAAGAGUCGAAGGUCUGGCUCAGCAGAAGAAGACAUUGAGAGAAAUCUUAGGUCUUUCUGUGAAGUAAUAAUUGAAGGGUCGCUUUUACCGUCAUCACACGACCGCAAAAAGUUAGCAUUUGAUGUGUUGUUGCUUCUACUUCCAAAGCUUCCUGCUUCGUGCGUGCACAUUGUGUUGUCCUACAAGCUUGUCCAAUGUCUUACUGACAUACUCUCUACACAAGACUCUUGGCUUUAUAAAAUUGCACAACAUUUUCUUAAAGAACUGUCUGAGUGGGUGGCACAAGAUGACGUUAGGAGGGUUGAGGUGAUUGUGGCUCUGCAAAAGAACAGUAACGGAAAAUUCGAUUGCAUCACGAGAUCGAAAACAGUGAAAGACUUGAUGUCAGAUUUCAAGACUGAGUCUGGCUGUAUGCUGUUCGUUGAGAAUUUGAUGUCCAUGUUUUUAGAUGAAGGUCACUCUUCAGAAGAACCUUCAGAUCAGAGUCAAACAACUGACGACAAUUCUGAAAUAGGCUCGAUUGAAGAUAAGGAUGCUGUUGGGGUACAAGGAAGUUCCGAAUUUCUCAAGACUUGGGUCAUCGAGUCCCUUCCUAGUGUUCCGAAACAUUUGAAGCUCGAUCAAGAUUCGAGGUUCCAUGUGCAGAAAGAAGUUCUAAAGUUUCUGGCAGUUCAAGGUCUGUUUUCUUCGUCACUAGGGACUGAAGUGACAUCCUUUGAACUACAGGAAAAGUUUAGGUGGCCAAAAUCAGCCAUCCCGAAUGCUUUGAGCCAAAUGUGUGUCGAGCAGCUACAGCUGUUGCUUGCAAAUGCUCAGAAAGGGGAGGGGCCUCAUGCUGUUGCAAAUGGUGUUGAAGCAAAUGAUCUUGGAUCCUAUUUUAUGCGGGUUCUCAACAUAUUAUCCAAUAUUCCUUCAGUUUCUCUGUCGAGGGCCUUGAGUGUGGAUGACGAGAAGGCCUUUAAGAAACUGCAGGCCAUGGAAAGUCAACUCUCACGAGAGGAACGUAAUUGCGGUCUUAGCAUGGAUGCAAGUAAAUUACAUGCGCUGAGAUAUUUGCUCAUCCAACUGCUGCUUCAAAUCAUACUUCGACCAGGAGAGUUCUUUGAAGCUGCCUCUGAACUUGUCAUGUGUUGUAAAAAAGCUUUUGGCUCGUCUGAUCUUCUAGGAUCCUCUGAAGAAGAUGAAUAUGAUGAAGGUGCACCUGAAUUAAUGGACGUGCUGGUUGAUACAAUGCUUUCCCUGUUGCCACAAUCAUCAGCUCCUUUGCGAUCGGCCAUUGAGCUGGUUUUCAAACAUUUCUGUAACAAUAUCACGGACGAUGGGCUACUCCGUAUGUUGCGGGUCAUCAAAAAGGAUCUAAAACCCGCCAGGCACCAAAACAAAGAAGAUGAAGACGAUGAUGACGAGGACGAUUUACUAGGCGUCGAAGAAGCAGAGGAUUCUGACCAGGCGGAGACGGGUGAAACUGACGAGCACACGGAUGAUUCAGAGGCAGUAGUUGGAGUCGACACAGCGAACAUUCAGCUUCCGGAAGGUUCCGAUGAUGAAUCUGACGAGGGAAUGGAUGAUGAUGCCAUGUUUAGGAUGGAUACGUACCUCGCUCGGAUAUUUAGAGAGAAGAAGAAUCAAGCUGGGGGCGAAACUGCGCAUUCUCAGCUUGUACUCUUUAAGCUUCGUGUGCUGUCUUUGCUGGAGAUCUAUCUGCAUGAAAAUCCAGGCAAGGACAAUUUUGUCUUUUCUCAUGUGGCACUGCUUAUUCUAUUUGUCACUGUAGUGACUAUAUUCUCAAACCUAGCUCAAGCAUUUGCUAAUCCACAAACAACGGAAGGCAGUGAGCAGCUCGGCCAGCGCAUAUGGGGAAUCAUACAGAAGAAAAUAUUCAAAGCCAAAGACUACCCAAGAGGCGACUCAGUGCAUCUUGCAGUAAUCGAGCCUCUACUCGAAAGGUACUUGAAAUUAGCCGCAAAGCCAUUCAAGAGAAAGAAAUCCGCUUCCAAUCUGUCGAAAAAGAAACAGUCGGCCUCUUGGAACCGACACAGAAUGAUAAAUUCGCUUGCUCAGAAUUCCACAUAUUGGAUCUUGAAAUUAAUCGACUCGAGAAACUUUUCCGAGCCUGAACUUCAAAAAGUUUGCAGCAUAUUCCAGAAUGCCUUGGUGGCCUACUUUGACAGCAAAAAAUCUCAAAUGAAGUGCGAAUUCUUGAAAGAAAUAUUCAGGCGAAGGCCGUGGAUUGGCCGCCACCUUUUCGGUUUUCUCUUGGAGAAAUGUAGCUGUGCAAAGUCGAAAUUUCGGCAAGUCGAGGCCCUUGAUUUGAUAUUGAGUUCAUUUAAUAUGGCUUCUAAUUUUCUUAAAGCUUUGGAAGCGGAUGGUCACGCGGCUUGUGAAUCCCAGCUUGGUGAGGUAUUUAUUGCUUUCAAGAAGCAUGAAUGA